CUCAGUUUAGUAGAAGUGCAAGAUUUCAAUUUCCAAAACAAUCGAGAGGCGGUAGUAGCAAUCAACAACCGCAACAAGUUGAUCAAUCAAAAACCUAUCGGUACUCAUUUCCUGAGCCUCCAGUAGCAAUGCCAUCAAAAGAUAGUCGAUCAAAACAAAGCACAAUUAAAUCAUUACUAAAAGAUGGUAGAGAACUAUUGGCAACAAUGGUGUCCAAAUACCACAUAUAUGAUGCUGUCCCUUUUAACAAAGUUGAUUCUCCACAUUUUCAAAACAUGUUGACUACAGCUGGAAAUCUAGGUCCUGGUGUAAAGCUUCCUAGCUCCUAUGAAAUUCAGACUCGUUACUUAGAGAAUGAGUACACAGAAAUGAAAAGGUAUGUGGAUACUCACAGAGAAACUUGGAAAAUAUAUGGAUGCACUAUCAUGUGUGAUGGAUGGACUGGCCCAACCAAAAUGGCUAUUCUAAAUUUCAUGGUGUAUUCAAAAGGUUCAACUGUGUUUUUGAAGUCUGUAGAUGCUUCACAUAUGAAAAAAAAAUGCUCAGUACAUAGAACUAUUGUUAGAUGAGAUUAUCCAAGAUGUUGGACCAGAAAAUAUUGUCCAGAUUGUCAUUGACAAUGCAUCAGCAUUUAAAAAGGCUGGAAGGGAACUAUAGAAAAAAUAUUCACUGUUAUGGAUCCCGUAUGCUGCCCACUGCAUCGAUUUGAUAUUUGAAGAUAUCGGGAAGCAAGAGACUGUUUCCACUGUCGUCAAAUGGGCUCAAAGUGUAACUAACUACAUCUACAAUCAUGGUUGGGUACUGGCUGAAAUGAGGAGCAUCACGAAGGGAGAUUUGAUUCAACCGGGUAAAACUCGAUUUGUGACAAAUCACAUUGCCAUCGAUAGUAUCUUGAAGAAGAAAUCUGAUUUGAGAAAAUUGUUUACAAGUAGCGCAUGGAAUGAGAAUGCAGCGAGCAGGACCAGAGAUGGCAAAAGGAUAGAAAAAAGAGUCCUCGAUGGGACAUUUUGGGAUGACAUGGAAGCAGUCCAUAAAAUUUAUAAGCCAUUGUAUGAGAUUCUUCGAAUUGUUGACACAGAAAUUUAGCCAACCAUACCCAUAUUAUAUGAUAUGUUUGAAAGAGUGAAACAACAAAUAUCGCAGAUGAGAGGAAAGAAAUGGAUGCUUAAAAUCAUCAAUAAUCGAUGGGAUAACACAUUAAGUCAA